AGUUACUGUAGUUAGAAUGUAACCUUAAAUAAACGGAUCACCAAUGGAAUGUCUAGUUAUUGGAUGUUCUGGUGUCGGCAAAUCGACUCUGUUAAACAGACUAAGUGCCGAGGAUACUCCCUCUACUCCAGUGCUACCAGUCCUUACACCCACUGUUGGAAGUAAUGUUAAAGAUGUGCCCUUCUCUAAACGGAAAUGUAUCCGUCUCCGUGAGGUGAGUGGAUCUCUGAGACAAACCUGGUCGCAAUAUUACUCCGACUCAAAAGCUGUGAUAUUCCUUUUGGAUAUGACAAAUAGAGCACAGCUGAGUACCAGCCAGGUUGAGCUGCUAAAACUGUUGAGUAAUCCUGUUAUCAAGGAUAUUCCAGUUCUCCUGCUACUCAACAAGAAUUGCUCCCCUGUUGCUCUAGACAUCACUCUCGUCUAUAACAUCUUCAAUAUUGAUGCCAUUCUUAAAUACUCGUCUGCCGCUGUAAAGGUGUUGGAAGCGGACCUGUCCGAGCAAAGUAGCAUUGAGAGUAUCCAGUCGUGGAUCCGAGAGAAGUACAGCAUCAAAUGAUAUCUUCAAGUGACUCCCACCCCUGAAGGAAGAGGUGUUAGCAAUAUACACUGGCAUCAGACUUACUUCAGUCAUGUUACAUUUAGAGCUUGAAACGAGGAACAAACAUUCCAUGGUACCUUGAUUGGAUGAGGUCCAAGAACCAAUAAUGCUGUUUGUUUAUAUAUCAUGACGAUAGAAUGACGAUAUGAUGACGAUGUCAUGACGAUUUUAUAGCUAUGAACUUUUCAACAAACACCAAUGAUUAUGAAUUAGGAAAUAUAACCCUCGUGUUUUAACUUUAAUGAGAAAACUAUGUUACCGAGUACCGGCUUGAACUCACGCUCAAAUACCUUACCUCAUCGAAUUAGAAUUCAGCUGUAGCGUGUGAGAUGUGUACAUUAAUGAUAACUCGUGUUAAUCUUCGUUACUUUGGCCAUGUGUCAAACUUACUGCUAUUUCAUUUUCACCUCUGUCAAUUGUCUCGGGAAAAACGGGAAAUUUCCUGAUUUCAAUCUGUUUUGGGAACUGCAUGAUGGAUCGAUUGAGAUAAACCUUUAGAUUAGCUUAUAAAAAUGUUGUGUAACGAAACACAUUUAAACUAUUUUUAUAAUAUUUGUAUUAUGACUUCAUAAUUAAUAAAUGAGGAGAUUUUCCGGGUGUUUUCUUUAGCUCCUUUUCAAAUUCUACUUCCUUUAACGGUGAUUUACUGCGUUAAACUUAUAAAGGUAUGUGUUAAGUUUGUACCUCAUAUAUCUGCUGUACAUUCCUAUUUGGGUGUUUGACAGUGUUUUGCUGUAACUACUCGUGUAGACUGUCAGUUGCUACACCACCUGUAAUGUGUUGGUAUUUGUUUCGUUACGAUUGAUAAUGUAACAGAUUAGGUAGCUCUUAAAGGGCGUUAGUCAAAAUGUAGGGCCACUUUACUUUCGCUUUUGUGUUUAGUUAAGUGUAACUGAGUUUGUGAAUGAGCACGAGAUGGGCAUUUUUAUUUCAUAAUACUGUUGAAUUUGUUGUAAUCCGACUAUUUUCGUGCUUCAGAAAUGUUUGACAAUUCAGUAUUCGCCGGUCAGGAAAUAUGCAUAAUUAUGUUUUGCCCUACAUAUUAACGGGAGUAGUUUGAUUGAAAAUCCCCAUUCUUUUACUAUUUUUUAUUGAAUUGAACCAUUUCAUAAAUUUGAUUGUUAAUUUGUAAUUCAUCCAUUUGUCAAUUGUCGUUAAACUGCUUUGUUUAAAAUUUAGAA